CCUUCAGAUCACCUUCACGAUCGGGUCAAUUGCACCUACGAGAUGCCCCUUAGUUCCGAACUGCAAUCGUUCGAUCCUGUGCUUGUUCAACAAAUGCAGAGCUCUGCUGAGCUUACUGUACACUUAACCCUUUCGCAAACGGAAUCUGGGCCGGCCAUGUAUGAGACAUUGAGCGACUGCGAAAAAGAGUGCGAGUAUGAUGACGUAGAUGAGACCAAUCGAAAGUCAAGGUCAGUCAACACAGUGUUGGUGAGUGGGGAGAAAGGAAUAGAGCAGCCACCUGCUUUGUGCGAUAAAAAAGAAGAAAACAAGGAUCAUGUUUACGCUGUUGUUCAUAAAGAAAGAAAAGGUAGAGCCAGUUCUGAAGCAAGCGCUCCCAAAAAAUCAUCAGACCGCCCUCAGGAAGGAACAAGUGGGUUACCUUUGAACAGGGGGUCCUGUGUCGAUUGUAUCGGUCGUUCGUCGCAUCCAACUGAUUCAGGGCUCCAAAACAACAUAAAUAUUGCAGAGAGCGAGACACUUCAGCCUAGCGGGAGCAUCGACUAUUUGUAUGCAGCUGUUGACAAGACAAAAAAGAAGAGGAAAAAGCCACAGGUAAUAAUUACAUUUCACAAAUCCUGA